CUGCCCACGCGGGAGCCGCCGGCGUGUGUUCGCGCGCCCGCGCCGUUCCUCUGUAUGCAUCUCGCGCGGAAGGCGUACGGCAGGCUUGUUUGGGAUGCUGUAACACUGAGAAGGUCCCCAUUGCUUGCAGCUGUGUAUCAGAAAAGAUUUCCAACUUGGGACCUAUGUACUGCUGCUAGUUUUCCAAUGAAGUACAUCCUGGUUACUGGUGGUGUCAUCUCAGGCAUUGGAAAAGGGAUCAUUGCAAGCAGCAUUGGCACCAUACUAAAAUCAUGUGGUCUACGUGUCACUGCAAUCAAAAUUGAUCCUUAUAUAAACAUAGAUGCUGGAACCUUCUCACCAUAUGAACAUGGUGAAGUUUUUGUAUUGAAUGAUGGUGGAGAGGUUGACUUAGAUUUGGGAAAUUAUGAGAGAUUCUUGGACAUUAAUCUCUAUAAAGAUAACAACAUCACUACUGGGAAGAUCUAUCAGCAUGUCAUCAAUAAAGAAAGACACGGUGAUUACUUGGGAAAAACUGUUCAAGUUGUUCCACACAUCACUGAUGCAGUUCAGGAAUGGGUAAUGAAUCAGGCAAAAGUUCCUGUGGAUGAUGACAGAAAAGAACCACAGAUUUGUGUAAUUGAGCUGGGUGGGACUAUUGGAGACAUUGAAGGAAUGCCAUUUGUUGAGGCGUUUAGACAGUUCCAGUUCAAAGCAAAAAGAGAUAACUUCUGUAAUAUCCAUGUUAGUCUAGUACCACAGCCUAAUGCCACUGGUGAACAGAAGACCAAACCAACCCAGAACAGUGUUCGAGCAUUGCGGGGUUUAGGCUUAUCUCCAGAUUUGAUUGUCUGCAGAAGUGCAAAGCCUAUAGAAAUGGCAGUGAAGGAAAAGAUCUCCAUGUUUUGCCAUGUGGAGCCUGAACAGGUGAUAUUUAUCCAUGAUGUUUCUUCUACUUACCGAGUACCAAUCCUGCUGGAAGAACAAGGCAUCAUUAAGUAUUUUAAACAGAGGCUAAAUUUACCUAUUGAUGACCAGCCAAGCGAUCUUCUAAUGAAAUGGAAGAAAAUGGCUGAUAGGUAUGAAAGGUUGCUGAAAGUGUGUUCCAUAGCUCUCGUGGGCAAGUACACAAAACUAAGUGACUGUUACGCAUCUGUUUUCAAGGCUCUGGAGCACUCGGCACUGGCAAUUAAUCACAAACUGGAUUUAAUGUACAUAGAUUCGAUAGAACUUGAACGUUCUACAGAAGUUGAGAACCCAGUGAAAUAUCACCAAGCAUGGCAAAAGCUGUGCAAAGCAGAUGGCAUUUUGGUCCCGGGAGGGUUUGGAAUUAGGGGAACAGAAGGCAAACUCCAAGCUAUCUCUUGGGCAAGAACAAAGAAAAAACCUUUUCUUGGAGUUUGCCUGGGAAUGCAAUUAGCAGUUGUGGAGUUUGCAAGAAACUGUCUAAACUGGAAAGAUGCAAAUUCUACAGAAUUUGACCCUGACACAAAAAACCCUGUUGUUAUUGACAUGCCGGAACACAAUCCUGGAGAAAUGGGUGGAACAAUGAGACUGGGGAAGAGGAGGACUGUUUUUAAAACACAAAAUUCUGUUUUAAGGAAACUUUAUGGCGAUGAAAUGUUUGUAGAGGAACGACACAGGCAUCGAUAUGAGGUGAACCCAGAAUUGAUUCGCUGCUUUGAAGAGAAAGGUUUGAAAUUUGUUGGCCAUGAUACAGAGGGGAACAGAAUGGAAAUUAUUGAACUGGAAAAUCACCCAUAUUUCGUGGGAGUUCAGUUCCACCCAGAGUUUUCAUCAAGGCCUAUGAAACCUUCACCUCCAUACCUUGGACUGCUGCUUGCAGCAACUGGGACACUCAGUGCAUACUUGCAACGUGGAUGUAAAUUGUCUCCAAGUGACAGCUACAGUGACCUCAGUGAUGACAGCUCUCCAGAAAAAGAGUUUCCUAAUUCAGGAACGAGCUAAGAUGAUUGUAUGAGAUCAUAGAAAUGGAUGAUGCUAUUGAGAAAGUUGGAACAGAACAAUAUUGGAUAGAAGAAGGUGGAUGAGUAAUCUGCUUAACUUCCUCAUAAUAUCUUCCCCGUAGUAUUUUUAAAAAAUCUCUUUAUGGAAGACAAUUUUAUUGUCCCAUAACAUAAACUCUUCUUUGUGAAUGCGGUUUCUCUUUAAAAAUGAUAUAAAUGGCUAUUUGCCUUAGCUGUUAAUUGUUAUUGAUCUUGCCCUAUAUUUCAGAAUGAUCUUAGGUGUAUAUGUCUGAGUACACUAGCUCACAGCUGUUCUUGAUUUGCGGGAAGGAUUCUUUGCUUUCAAUUAGCCUUAGAACAGUGAAACAAAAUACAUUCAUUCCUGUGAAUGAGGAGGGAGUGUACUGACAAGUUUAAGAGAAAGUUAUCUUACCCAUGAGCAGUAGAGAAUUGUCUCAGGUUGUUUCCAUAUUAAGUGUGUAUAUAUUUUUUUACUUUUUGCUGUUCAUGUACAAAUAAGAAAUUAUGUUACUCUACUUCAGUCCUUUAUGAUUAUAAUAAUUAAUGUUGAAUAUACAUGUCUUUUAGCUUUACUUCUUAAGUGAUUUCACUUUACAAAAGUUGUACUUUGCUCUAUUUCCCCUGAAAGUCUGAUAAUACUGAACGUAAUUCUGAUCUGUCAAAUUACAGAAGUGAUAUUAAAAGCAUUUUUGUAUUUGUAUAUGUAAGAGAGAAAGUAAAUACACUCAAUGAAAUCUGUACAUUCAUAUGAAAAUUAUAGAAGAACUGAUCAUAAAUCUGGAGUGUAAUCUGAGGUCCAGCCUUAAAACACAUAACUAAUAUCAACAAGUAAGUAUAAAGAUGGCCUAAAGUUCAUCCUUGCUUUCUCUGAUCUGUUGGCCACUCCAUGGGGCUCAUUCCCCAGAACAGUGUAUUUUAAUUCAGAAGUCAUGUGCUACUCUUCAGUUUAAUAAUUGGAGGGCAUCCUGCAAAGCCAGGACUGCAGCCUGGACUCACUGAGACAGGAGGAGGAGACAGAUGCUGUACUAUGUAUGAGGCUGGACCCACCAGCAGUGUGACAUCAACAGGUCUGUCACUGAGUCUGGACCUCAGCUGUAUGACUGAAUGUCUGAAGCACCCUUUCCUAAAAAGAAAACUUCUGAAAUUUGAGCUUUGUCUUUCAGUUUGUUUUGGGGAUUUUUUUAAUUGAUCAAAAAGUAAAUAUGUGUACAAAAAUAAAAUGUAUCUUGUAUCCUUUACAUAUUUGUAGAGCAUUAUGUUGGCAUUGCCUUAGAGAACCUCAGAUUAUACAGUCAAUUUCUCUAUUCACUUAAACAAGUGUGAAUGGUAAUCAAAUAUAAACUAUACUUCUAUAGCAGUGUUUUUCUCAAGUGGUUUGCAAAUGUAUGUCUUAGAAACAACCGGUAUUAACGGAGUUGGUAUCACUGUAUGUCUUUGUGUCAGUGAGAGACACUGGCCCCUGGUUUGUAAAAGAUUAAAUGUUUCCUAAUAUUGUCUGUAAUGUUCAAAUCUAUUUUCAAAUAUAUUAAAUUGUAUUAUUCAGAAGUAUUUAGAUAUUAUGUUAAAGAGUCAUGAUGCCAGUUGUGAUCUGUGGAGUCAGGGAGAGAGUUUUCCAUUUGGUCGUGUUCCAAUUGUAUUGUCUAUAGAAUUGUGGUCACAUCUGUUUAUCUGAUUCGUAUGUUCCUGGUUCAUCAGAAUGAAACAGUAGGAAUUAAGACUUUCAGUAUCCCAGGAAACAACUAAAAUUGGUUCUGCAUAGCUGUGUUGUAGAGGAGUUGUAAUUUAUCCAAAAUACAGAGGGGGAAUAAAGACAUACAACUAGUGCUGUAACUGAAAACAGCACCUUGAUCUCCCAGGGCCUUUACCUACCCUCUUUCUGCUAACUGUGCAACUCAGAAAACUCACUCCUGGAGAUCAAACGUGUCACUGCCGCAAAGGAUUCCUCUCCAAGCUGAACUGACAGAAGCAGCAGCAAGUCAUUUCCAAAAUUGGUUUCUAUAUCCUUUCACCCCUGUGCAAGGCAAGGAACGAGAGAGAGUGCUUCAGCGUUCAGUAUCUUCUUCUUUUCAUAUAACUGCUCCUCCAAGGUUUGAGCUAUUUAUUUUUCUCUGCUGGUCAGCCCACAUGGACUGCAUGGUGGACUAUCCCCAGUCUCCUGCACUAGCCCAGACCCCUUAAUAUCUCAGGGAUGCCAGAAUCUACCAACAUUGCCCAUCUUAGUCAAUUUAUUAAUUUCAUUUUGUGUCUGUCUCCUCUUUAUGGCCUCCCUUCCAUUUGCUUUCAUGACCUUUAUCUGCAGCUUUUCCUCUAUUCUUUCCAGUCUGCCCAUCUUUCCUUCAUAUUUUCUGUACAUGCUCUCACUGCCACCCUCUGCCUUCUGACAUCUGCCCUCUUCCACCAAAACAUGUGGGUAACACCAGUAACACUGGCAGGUAUGUCAUGGCAGAAAUAGCUCCUGGGUCUGUCCUGGCUCACACACAGGAGGAAGCUGGCCUCCAGCCACAUGUGCUCUUCCUCUCUAGUGAAUCAGGCUCAAACUGGCAGAUUCCCCAAAGUCUCUGGGCCACAAGUGUGACCUAGAAAGGAGAGCUGGUUGUGCUGGGCUCCCUGGCAUGGUGAAAGCAGAGCUGUCUUUCUCAUCACCGGAUGGGUGCAACCUAGUCACCUUAGCAAGCUGGGCAAAGGGAGCCCUGUGGGUAGAUGCCACAAUGUGCCUGUUACCCAAGAGUGCUGCAGGCACCUACGCAGUGGUGGCCUGCAGGCUGCCUGAGUUCUGCAGCUGAUCACAGAGGGUGGCAGUACCCUAGAGGAGUCUGGAAAGGUCCUUUUUAAGAGGUCAGUGUACUACAAGGUAAGUCCAUUCCAGCCAUGGCCUGAUUCUCCCAAGCAAGAGCCUUUCCUGAUCCACUUGAUUCAUCAGCAGUGCCUGUUUCACAGCUCUUGUUUUUCUGCCAGAAGGCUUUAUGAUAGGCACCAGUUUCCAGCUAGUGGAUGAUCCUGCAUCUGUCAGCGCCACUGAAAGCAGAAGAAUGUGUCGGUGAAUCUGUAGGAGCUCCUAGCUUGCGAGAAGCUGAAAAGCAGCAGUCAGUGCAUGCUUCUGGAACUCGCAGUGCGACCAAAGUCAUCAACAACAUUGCUUCUAGCUUUGUUCUGAGCUGUUCAGCAUUUGAUUGUUCAUAUGGUGUGCUGUUUUCCACUGCCUCAAAUACCCCUGGCAAAACAUAUGCAUGGUUUAUGAACUCUAACAUAGACUUUGAUGUGUUUAGACACUCGUAUUGAAACCAAUCAUCUCACUACAACAAUCAUGUAUAAGGCACUCAAGAAAAUGAAAGACUUGUAUAAAUCUGCUUUCACUCAAUUCAAACCAUUUUGUUUCACCUUAUGUGACUAUGUAAAUUUUUAAACCAAUACAUAUUGAAAU